AUGACCGGGGCGACCGGAAAAAUUUCGCAAAAGAUUUUACCUGCAUCGCUGCAGGUCCCCUCGGUAACUUUGAGGGGAACAGCAGAAAAAUACAUCUCUGCUCAACAAAGAGCGUACCUGGAGAAGAAAUACGAACCAUCGGAUUUUAAACCAACAUUCAAACGCGUGGAUAUGUGGGGACGGGCAAGGUGGAAAGCACCAAAGAUUAGUAGGCGAAGAUUAAAUGAUAUGAGAAAAAAUUGUGAGUAUUUGAACAUAGAUCCACAGGAGAUCGGUCUACUCGCUAAACCCGAAAGGAAGCUUCUUAGGGCAAAACCCAAUAAGGGCAAAAAACACGAAAGAAAUGCGCCUGAGAGGUAUCUGAGAAGGCUUUGCAGAAUUGACAUUGCAUAA